AUGCGCGCGCUCACCAAGUACGCGCUGCCCUGGCUGGCAGGCGCGCUCGGCGCCCUCGCAUACGAGGUCGACUUCCAGGACACGGACUACUCGCGCCAGAUAUGUAGCGGCAUGUGGGGUGGCAAGGACACCUUCAUCAACGUGACAUUCGAUGGAUCCUCGCAAGGACAGGUCGCCAUGGUCAUCUACGAGUGGGCGGACUGGCAGUACCUCGGAGUAGAGACAUCCGUCACCGAGGACUACCUCCCCCAGAAAACCUACGUCUGCACCUCCAACGCCGCCCUCGCCGGCUUCUGCACGACAGACCAGCUCGGCAGAUUCAUCAUCGACCUUCCCGAGGGCAAGAACAUCUCGGACACCAGUUUCUGGUCCGCGCGCGUGCAGCUUCCAGGUUCAACAACCUCUGAGGGCUCAUCCUCGUCCUCCGAUACAUCGCCCGAACAAUCUUCCGAACGCGAUUUGGCGUUGAGGCAAGAGAAUUCGAGCCCGAGCGGAUUGUACACGUACACCGAUCCCAUCCAAUACAUCGUCCGCAACACGGGCUAUUAUUGCGUCGCCAUCGUCCCCAUUUCCGUCCAAUCUUCGCAGACCUCAGCCGAUAUUCGAUCACUUGAGGCUCGCCAAGAUGCCAACUUCAUCUCACGCCAAGACGACGAGACCGACGUCCCAUACCACCCCUCCUACAAGGGAACCGUGCUCUUCCGCAACAAAUUCGACGGCAAACUGCCUGCAGCGGAUUAUCCGAAGGUUAACUUCUACUUCGCCAUGUUCCUCGUCUACCUCGCCUUCGCUGGUGUUUGGGGCUGGUUGUGCUACAAGCAUAGGACAGAGCUCUUGCCGAUUCAAUACUACCUAUCCUCGCUCAUCGGUCUCAUCGUCAUCGAGAUGCUUGCUAGCUGGGCUUACUAUCGCUACCUCAACGCCCACGGGCGUGGCACGUCGUCGACCAUCUUUCUCAUCGUCGUCGCCAUCCUCGACGCUGCGCGCAACUCCAUGUCGUUCUUCAUGCUGCUCGUCGUCUCGCUCGGCCUCAGCGUCGUGAGGGAGAGCUUGGGCCGCACGAUGCUGAAGUGCCAGAUUUUGGCGGGAGCGCAUUUCGUGUUUGGGAUCCUUUACGCCAUAGGUAUCGUCGAGCUUGAGCUCGAGUCCGCGUCGGCGCUCGUGCUGCUCUUGUUCGUCAUUCCGCUUGCGUUUACACUGAGCGGGUUCUUGCUAUGGAUCAUGUAUGCGCUGAACGGCACCAUCAACGAGCUCCGUGCACGCAAGCAGCGUUAUAAGCUCCACAUGUUCGAGUUGUUGCACAGGAUCUUGCUCGGCGCUGUUGUUGUGAUCAUCAUAUUCUUUGUGGUCUCGUCGUUCUCGUUCUCAGGGCGCUUGGCAGAAGAUUACUCCGCCAAAUCCUGGCGCUCCCGCUGGUGGCUCCUCGACGGCUGGCUCGCACUCCUCUACCUCGUCGCCUUCGCCGCCAUCUCAUACCUCUGGCGUCCCUCCGAGCACAACCGCCGCCUCGCUAUGUCCGAAGAGCUCGCCCAGGACGAGGAGGACGCAGAGGACUACGACCUCGAGGCCCUCGAGCGCCGUGGCUACGGCCGCGCGCACGGGGAGGACGAUGACGACGAGGACGGGCAUCGAGGUAGGAGGAGAGACGACGAUGAGGCGACGCUCGUUGGCGGGGCGAGCAGGGGCGCGCCCGGUCCUGUGGUCGGCGAGGACGCGGUGGUGUUCGAGAUCGGGGACGAGGAUGAUGAAGACGAUGAUAAGACCCCGAAGAAGCGGGGGCAUACGGAGCGCUUGAGCGGCGAGCAAGGGAGGGGAGAGGAACGGCAGGGCCUGAUGCGCGACCGCGAUGACUAG